UAAAACUCGACAAUAAACAAAGCUAACACCAGAUUACAAUUCGGCUCAUGACAUUGGACACAUAAAGAUUAAAGUGACAGACCGGCCCAACAUCUCAUCACCUUGCGGCACAAAUCCGGUGAUAACCCGUCGAGGUUCAGAAUACCUCCUUAGCCAAGAACCGGGAAGAACCGUGUGACAAACCGUGACCGGAUUAAAGUUAAGGUUUACAAUGGCGUGAGGUGUCACCGCCGGAAUGAGAUAGGAAUCGUUGCCGACGGUGGGAUGUGAACCUUCACCGCGUACCCACUGUAGAGCUCACCUUCUGGUAUACCCCUCCGGUGAAGCAAGACCCUACAAUGCGUCUUCCUCGAGAACCGGGGACCAGAACCAUCUUCACAAACCGUCGCACCACACCUAUGUUUCACCCACCGUCACACCAGGCCGUAGAUCUAAGAUGGAUGAGAUCUCCCACUGAGCCAUGUGCCAUCGCCGUGAGAGGAGCGCCGAAGUAAAAAAUGGAAAAUUGACUCGUCGGCUCCUCUCAGCUCUAAAAGCCAACCUGCUCUGCUUCCACCUUCCUUCGACUCACAGCUCCUCCAAGAAUGCCAUGAGAUGACUCUUAUGACCACACAAGUCUUCGGAGUCACCCCGACAAACAAGAGCAACACGUAUCUCGUCUUAGAGUUGGGUUGGAGUGGAGAAGGCAAAAGAAAAAAGAGGAAUAAGGGUAAGAGAGGAUCCUCCGGCGCCGGACGGCUUCGGAAGCCCGACCGAAGAUGGAUGAUUCAGACUCUUUGUAUUCUACAGAUGGAACAUAGGUUCUAUAGAGAGAUGAGUUCAGUUAUCUUUAUAUCGUUAAAUUUGGAUUGUGGAUGUUUAUUUAUAAAUAUAUAUCUAUUUUUCCAAUGAAAUUCAGUAACUACAAAUUGUGAAGAAAAGUAUUUUAUAACUCUCGGCCACUCACGAUUAAUGGAACUCCCACAAGCGUUCAUUUGACAUGUGGCCUCAGGCGAUAGUCAGGUGUAUUAUUUUUUUAAAGACUCGAAUUUUUUUUAUUAACCAUGUAAUCACCACAUGAGUGUUUUCAUGUUCUUUAACCUCACUCACACGACGAAUCACUUUUCGAGAUGUCAUACAUUUUUCUAUUACUCCAAAUUAGACAUGCAUAACUUUGUGCUUUUUCAGGACGUGUGACCGAUCAUUCAAUAUAAAUUUUUUUAACCAUAAUUUCAUUAGUCUUCUUUUUUUUUUUUGGAACAUUUCAUUAGUCUUCACAUAAUCUAUUUGAUAUACAUGAUUUGCUUAAUAUAUACUCCUUUUAUUUUGCAAAGAGUGUUACUUUCAAACUUUUCACACAUAUUAAAAAUGAUUGAAAUGUAUUUAUCUUUUGAUUAAUUACAUAUAUUCAACCAAUAGUAUUUGAGAUAAAAAAAAUUAAUAAUAAAAUUAAUAUUUUUGUAAUUAAUAUUAAACUCAAAUUGCAUUAGAAUUCUAAAAAUCAAUAUUUAUAUAAUAAGAUAAAAUGUUAAAAUGAGACUAUUAAAAAAACAGAGGAGUAUUGUCUAAUCUGCUUUCACCAUUUAGAACCUUGAUAUUAACAUUAGUUACUAGUGUGAAUAUUCAUAUAUUCUCUAUAAUACUCUCCUCUCAUUGCUCAUUGCACAUAAUACACUGAAAAUAAUGGCUCGAACUCAAAAAAUAUUUUUGAAAUACUAAUCAAUGCAAGCUUUCAAAUGUUAAUUAAAACAAAAAAUUUAUUAGAAGUCGUUAACUAAACUAGAAAUUAUCAUAAUCAUUAUGUUAGAGGUCUUUGGUUCAAAUGAGCGUUUAGAUGAAACUAAUACUUCAUAAGGUAGUUCCGUGGCCACAUCUAGUACUUUAAAAAAAAACUACAUGCACGAAGAUUAAAAAAGAUAAUUCAUCAACUCUUCAUAAAGAUAUCUAUGGUUUACAUAACCAUAUCCCUUAUACACAUCAUAUACCUCCUCAUACAUGAAUGAAUACAUGAUAAUCCUCUCCAACGAAGACCCACAUAUAUAAAAGUAAUAAAACAAUUUUGUUUGUUUUGUUACCUGUCUUUUCAAACUCUAUUUUGAUUUUUUUUUGUUUCACUUAUCAAAUAAUGUAAGGUCCUAUCUUAGCUAGCAAUUCGACAAAAUAAAAAAACUCAAUCAGACAGAUAGUAAGCUGAGAAAAGAAGAAAUUCAGAAGCAAAACAAAUGGUAGGUUCUUGAGGGGAAGAGAAGUCCAAAAUCACUUUCUUCCAAAAAUCACUCACGUCACGUGUGUGGCCCAACCCAUACAAAAGAAAUAACAAUUAUUUUAUUUUAUAAUUGUAUAUAUCUAAGUUUAGAGAAAAAAGAAAACAAUAUAUCCUCUCCGAUAUUUCCUGUACUUCCAUUUUUAUCUCGAAUUCGUUACUUUUCUAUAUCUUUUUUUCUUUCACUUCGUCGGAAAAUUCCAGCCAAUCUCGAAAAUCAACACACGAACAGCUGUUUCCGUAAUUCCGUAUCCUAUUUUUACUUUUCAUCCACCCAUUAUUUUAUUUUUUUAAUUCAUCGUCAUGAUCUCAUUGCAAAACAUAACCAGAAUUAAUGAAGCAAUUCUCACUAGAUUCUAUUUUCUCUGAGACGGUUAUCUCGUUUGCAAUCUGAAGAUCACUUUUCUCUCUUUGUGUUUCGUUAUGAUACUGCAAUCGCCGUUAUUGGCAUCGGAACAAAGAACCUCUCUGCCGACGAUGAGCAAACACGCGGAGAGGAGAAAAGUAGGAGAGGUAGCGGGGGGAGCGGCGGCGGAGUGUGCGGCGGUGUGGUGCUGCUGCCCUUGCGCGGUGGUGAACCUCGUCGUUCUCGCCGUGUACAGGGUUCCCGCGGCGGUUUGCAAGAAAGCGUGGAGACGAAGCAAACGGCGGCGUUUUAUGACGACAAAACGGCACGGUUUGCUUGCGGAAGGGAGUCAGAGCACCGUGCACGCUAGAUUGAAGGAGGAAGAUCCAACGGCUGAGAUUAUUGUUUUCGAAGAAAGUGCAGUGAAUGUGAAUGUGAAUGUGAAUGGGGAGUUAAACGACGUUACGGUGCUUGAGGGUGAAAUGUUGGAACGGUUUUACGGGACGGGGUUUUGGAGAAGCUUGUCAAAGCGGAACACGUGAUAACCAAUUCUUUGCAAAAAAUAAUACAGUAGCAAUUAAUUAUCUAAUUUGAUAAUAUAUAUGUGUAGCAAAUGUGGCUUUAGUUAUCAUGUGGGUGUGUGUGAAUGAAUAGAAGUAAGUAAGAGUUAUUAACACUUCUGGGCAGUUUUAUGUUUUUAUUUACAUUGGAAGGCAGUUAAUGUUACUAGGGUAGUUUUUCAUGUGAAAAGUCAUUAUUUAUCCUUGAAAAAGAUUACUCCCCCUUAACUAUUGAAUUUGGCGCUGGUUUGUAGAUUGGUUUGGUUACUGAUUUUGAAAUUCGAAAUUAAAAUAGGGCCCACAUCUUUUUACCCUAGUUUUAUUGUGUAGUUUAUUUCUAUUGGUUGUUAUUUCACGGGAAUAAAUUUUUACCAAGGAGAGAGAGAAAUUGAAAACGCAGUGUUGCCGGAGAAGAUGGAUACCGACGACGGCGGAGGCGGAUCCGAUAAAUGCCGUAGAAGUGUGAAGAAGACGAAGGCCACCGUAGACAAUGACGGCGGGAGCAAAUUACGUCGGAGAAGCUCAAGGAAGACGACGAACUUGACGGCGACGGAAGCCAACAAACGGCCGAUUGCUGCCCAGAAACAAGCCACAGAGGGUAAGCAAGUAAAAGUGUGGUGUUUUCUUUUUUGGAUCGGUGGAUUCAAGUAAAAGUGUGGUGUUUUCUUUUUCAAUGAAACUGUUAAUUUGCUUUUGUAUAACCUUCUCAAUCGCAUGUAUGGAUUCAAGAGAAUGUUUUGUUAUUUUUUAGGAAUUGAAGGACAUGUAACUUAGUACUAAAGCUGUACACAUACGGUUUCCUAAUAAACAUGACGAUUUACAAUCAAUCAGGAGUGAAUUUAGUCAGUGUGCAUGUGUACGAGUAGUUGAGUAGUCUGCAAGAGUGAAUUUAGUCGGUGUACAUGUGCAUGUGAGCCGGGGCCAGCGAUAUGUGAGACAAUAGGUGUUGUCGAAUUCAGUUGGUGUACAUGUGUACGUACAGAUGGUGUGGCUUUGUGUGCUUAAUAAAACAGCUUAAAUCCCCCGAACGUGUACGUGUGUAUGAGGCAUGAAAGGCUGUACAUGCCGCAGAAGUAGCUUCGUUGCGUUUGGUUGAUAUUUAUAGUUGCACACGCACAUAGCAGUACGUGAUAGUGGUGUACACGAUUUAUAGUGGUACACGCAAAAGACUUCGUAACAACUUGUUAGUAAGUUGUACGAGUAGAUGUGUACGAGUAAAUUGGUAGUCUUGACAGGUGAAUACAGUAGGUGUCCAUGUGCAUGAGGACAUUUCCCCUUGAUAUUUGAGACAAUAGAUGGAGAGUCCGGUCUGUACAUGUGUACGAGGAGGUGAAUGACCCUGACUGUACACAAGAGAGUAGUAUCCUUGCGUUUGGUAAUGAUCUCGGAGGAGUACAUGACAUUUUUAAGAAGUGUAAAAGUAGAUGGGAUAUUAGGGAAAUGAGGAACUUAAUUUGUGUACAUGAUUUAUAUGUGUACAUGUGUACAUGGUACUGAUCUCGGAAUAGAUGUACAUGUGCACAUACGUUUUAGUUAGAUGUACAUGACAUACGAGUAGAUGUGUACGAAUAGAUUGGUAGUCUUUACAGGUGAAUACAGUAGGUGUCCAUGUGCAUGGGGACAUUUCCCCUUGAUAUUUGAGACAGUAGACGGAGAGUACAGUCUGUACACGUAUACGAGGAGUUAAAUGACCCUGACUGUACACGAGAGAGUAGUAUCCUUGCGAGUAGUAUCCUUGCGUUUGGGAAUGAUCUCGGAGGAGUACAUGACAUUUUUUAAGAAGUGUGAAAGUAGAUGGGAUAUUGGGGGAAUGAGGAACUUAAUUUGUGUACAUGAUUUAUAUGUGUACAUGCGUACAUGGGACUGAUCUCCGAAUAGAUGUACAUGUGCACAUACAUGUUAGUUAGAAGGUGGAGAUCUUUUCAUAGGGGUUGUGUGUACGAAGUUUAAUGGUGGUAGUAGAGUGAAAGAGAAUUAAAAUGUGUUGCUUGGAGAUAAUAGAAUUAAAACAAUCAAG